AUGGCAGGUUUAGUAGAUUAUGGAAGCAGCGAUGAGGACGACUCACUUCAGAUUGACAACCCGCAGACUUCUUCGAACACUUCUGGAGAUUUAAUAUCCAACAAUUCAACUACAAAUGGUACAGCAAAAGAUGUGCAGCUACAUGCGGAAGAGCUUCCAUCCACGGAAACCUCACGAACUAUUGAACUACCAAGCAAUCCAAAACCAAACGCUCCACUUGUUGGACCACAACUGGGACCAGUCGAGGCAACUGGCUUCUCAGAAUUAGAGGAUGCCAUGAAUGGGGAGCGAGAUGGAGAACCACAGUCACCAUACUCCGCGAAUCGAGCUUUGUUACGAGAUCUUACCCUUCCGACAGUUCCUAAUUAUGAUAUUCCCCCUUCACCCCCAGGCUCACCAGUAGCCAGUACGAAUGCAAAAUUCAAGCAUUUCCUCGAAUUAAAAAAGCAGGGUACACAUUUCAACGAAAAGCUUGCAAAGUCGGCGGCGCUCAAAAACCCGAGUUUGAUGCAGAAGCUCAUGGACUUUGCGGAUAUUGACGAGGCGGAACAAUAUGCAACAAUUCUUCCUCAGGAUCUAUGGAAUCCGGCUGGAUUUCCAGAGUAUGCUUAUAAGGAGGAACUCGCGAAAACCCAACAAAAAAUCUUGAAGGAAAGAGAAGAAAAGAAAGCGCGAGGUCAAAGGGAAGCUCUGGACUUCGUACCUGCAACUGCCUCGGGCGAAACUCGCAACGCGCCUUCAAAUACUAGUGGCAUUAAUGGAAAGGGACAAAAAAGCACUGCCGAGCGGAUCAUGGCGGGACUCGAUAAGGGCAGGCCCAAUUCAUCAAACACGCAAGGAGUCAAGAGAAAGACAAGAUUCGAGAGUUGA